AUGCUGCUCCUAUACCUACUGCAGCAGCAGCAGCAGCAGCUGCAGCAGCAGCAGCAGCUGCAGCAGCAGCAGCAGCAGGAGAUGCAGCAGCAGCUGCAGCAGCCGCCGCAGCAGCAGCAGCAGCAGCAGCAGGAGAUGCCUGGGUUUGUUAUUUUAUUUAUCCUCUUGGAUCUCGCUGUACAACAGCAGCAACUGCAGCAGCAGCAGCAGCAGCAGCAGCAGCUGCUGCUGCUGCUGCUGCUGCUGCUCAACAUCUAA